AUGACCAACCUUUAUAUCCCAUCGUCACUAACGAACGAUUGUCUUGAGGAAAUAAUUCAACAUUUAGUGGAUCAUCGUUCAUCAUUAUUUUCAUGCUUAUUAGUAAAUAGGUUAUGGUGCAAACUAGCGAUAGGAUUACUUUGGAGUAGACCAUUUGAAUAUCAUAUUAAUGUUAAAAGGUUUUCCAUGAUCAUUCAAACUUAUAUUUCAUGUCUUCCCAUCGCUGAAAAACAAAUGCUUAAAUCUAAAAACAAGAGAAUUUUACCGGAUAUACAUACAAAAAGACAAUUUCUUAAUAUAAUAGAUAAGAGAAAAUCAUAUAGAUUAUUAUUUAAUUAUCCAAAAUAUUUACGAAAAUUAGAUUUAUCAAAUUUUCAAAAUGGAGUAAAGCAAUAUCUUACCACAGUCAACAUUGAAAGUUAUCAAUUGAUAGCUUUUACGGUUCAAAUAUUAUUAAACUUUUUAAUUCAAUCCACUGAUAUUCUUCAUCAUUUAGUAAUAAAUAAUCCUAUAAUGCGUUUAUUCUUUGACAUUACUUUAUUUCCCAAUCUUGAGAAUAUAAAUCAAAAAUUUUCAUCACUUUCCAAAAUAGAUUUAUUUCUUCAAAGAAAAGAUGCACCGGAAACUCAUCAAGGGUAUAUAAAACUCGUUGCUCACUUAUCCGAAUAUUCCAAGAAUUUAAAUCAAAUUUCUAUUGUCAAUAAUUUUCAAGACUGUCAACUUGAAGUUUUAAGGCAUAUUUUUAGAUUAAUCGAAAAUCAAAGGUAUCUUGAAGAAAUUACAAUUUGGGAAUUUCAAAAUCCAUCAACAUUUCAAUGGAUUUAUACUGCUUUAAAAACACACUCACGUUCACUAAAAUAUCUUGGAAUUAAAAGGUUUAGAAAUUUCAAUAUUUUCUUAGAUUUUUUAAAAUCUUGUAAAUCUUUAAAAUCGUUAGAAAUCUUAGAUUUUUUUGUUGAAGAAGGAUACACUCCUUUAUAUACCUCUACAAAUACAGAAGAAAUAAAACUAGAAAAAUUUUCAUGCUGUGAAAAUUAUUCAAAAUCUUCGGUGUUUAGUUUAACAAUGACAAUAAUUAUUCGUUUGGCAAAUAAGAAUUUAAGAGAACUCAUAUUAGGAGAUUCUACCGAUGAAUUAAUAGAAGAAAUUCAACAUAAUUGUCCAAAUAUUAUAAAACUUUCUUUAACUUUAUAUACAACUUCAUUUGAAACACUUCUUCCUUUAUUGGCUUCUUCAAAACUUGAAUUUCUUUAUUUAGAAUCGAAAUAUGAUAGUUCUGCAUUAACACCUGUCUUUAUGCAAAAAUUGGCAACUUCACUUCCAAAAACUCUAUUACAUUUGGGAAUGGAUCUUGGAAUUGUCAAUGAAGGAUUACAAAUAUUUUUUGAAGAAUAUGGAAAUUGUGGUGUUGCUUUAUAUACGAUCGAGUUAUAUAAUUAUUUAUUGGAUGAUAGAGUUUUAAAAGCUAUCACAAAAUAUGCUCGACAAGUUGGAGGUUUAAGAAGGUUAAAGAUCAGUGAAGUAAAUACUAAUAUUUCGGAAAAAGGUUUAUUAGAAGCAAAAGAUGUUAUUUCGAGUGUUGUGUUAUUGUAA